ACUAUAUGUAAAUCAUUUAAUACAUACAUAAAUAACACUUCUGUGGGAUGACCCCAGUUCUAAUCACCAUCCGUCUGAACUUGUACCUCAAAUACUGCACAAAAAUAAAGAUAUAUUAAAAAAAUGUGGGCGAGAAGUGUAUGUGCUGUACUUUAUCUAUUUUUUGUACUGUACGAAGUAAAUUCCUUAACGCAGCAAGAAGUGGUUCAGCAGAUCAAUAAAUGGAAGAAGGAGGUCGAUGAAUUUAAUUGCAAUAUGUACAAAUGGCAAAAGAAAAUGUUUCCGAAUGGUCAACAUACUGGUCCUGAUCCAUGUUCUUCAUUACAAGGUCAGGUAGGGGAACUCCCAAAAGGAUUUGAUCCUCAUGUUGAAUUGGCUAGUAUCAAACCUCCAGAUAUAUUGACAAAUGGAAAUGUUCCAGUAAAUAAAGUAACACUUAGCCCCAAUAAUUCAGACAAGAACAAGACUGGUCAGCUUUUUCCAAACAAUCCUUUCCUUAAUAAUGGACAAGUACAAAAUACCAACGGCGUAGGAAGUAAUAUCGGAUCUGGUAUCCCAAAUACUCAAAAUCCCAAUGGACAGGUACAACCUUUUAAUCCCUAUAUAAAUGGUUGGAAUUUUCCAAAUAAUGGUUUUAAUCCUAGUGGGCAAUGGAAUCCAAAUACUGGAUAUCCCAAUUAUCAGUUCAAUCCUGCUGGACAAUAUCCUUAUCCAGGUCCAUAUAAUCCAAAUCCAAAUCAAUUUUAUCCUAAUGGUCAACCUGUAUGGGGCAAUAACGGUAAUUUUCCUAAUCAAGGUACAUUUCCCAAUGCGAACCAACCCAAUACUGGACAGAGUUCUAAUUGGCCUUAUAACCCCAAUCCAUAUCCAGGACAAAUAAAUAAUGGCCAAUACCCGAAUGUAAAUGGAGUACCUAAUUGGAUGCCAAAUCAAAAUACAAAUCAAAAUCCAGGACACAACCAAGGCCAAUUUCCUAACCCCUGGGGAUUCAAUCCAAAUCCAAAUCAAGAUCAAAACGGUCAAAAACCCAAUCAAGGUACUAAUAUAAAUUUGAACACUAACCAAGGAUCUGGACAAACUAAUCAGCUGCCUAAUAAUAAUCCAAAACAAGGACAAUAUCCUAAUCAAAAUGGUCAACCAAUUUGGGGUAACCAAAAUCCAAAUCAGGGAACCGGACAAAAUGGUCAAUUUCCAAACAUAAAUAACCAGCCAGUACGUGGAAAUGUCUCUCCAAAUGAAAAUGACUCAAAGAAUACAGGUAUUGUUUUUCCAGGACCUGAUAGUCAAGGUCCAGGAGGUAGAAGUAUUUUAAACAGCAACAAUAGUACACAUGUAACUCCAACUUUGCUUUCUACCACAUCUACCACUACUCCUACUCCUAGCACCACUAUUACUACGCCAACACCGGGAGCUACGUCAUCUACUCCAGAGAUUUUAAUAACUAUUGCUUCAACCACUAGUACUACAAGUAAACCAAACUGUCAUCGUCUCACUCAUUCUGAGAAACGUGAAUUAUUGGACGAUGAUAUUGAUAAAGAGGAAUUCAAGAAGAAAUUCAACUUACCAAUUUGUGACGAGACCACAGAUAGGCCUGAAACAACAGUGACCGUUCAAGAUCCAAAGAGUAUUAUUAAUGGAGUCAGGUCUAACUGCCCGGAGGGAUAUCUAGCUGACAAAAGUGGAGAUUGCAGAGAACAAUAUUAGGUUAUUAAUGUAUAUUUGUGAUAUUUUUUGAUGAAAACUUCGAAUAUAAUUAGUUAUAUUUAAAUUUUUUUGUCAAAUGCUUAACGUUGGAAAUCAAAAGAAAAAUAA